AUGGAUACCCUCUUAACCGCGGACAUUGUCGUCAACUCCCCACGGUUUCGACGAAAGUCGUCAACAUUUGUCGAUGCCAUCCAUGACUUACCGGAAAAGGCCGAUCUUGCCCCGGCUCAGUUGUACAGCACUGAGUCUGGUAGGCUAUUCCACUCGGGUCGAAUUGUCAUCAUCACCGUAGGCCUCCCCGCGAGGGGCAAGACCCACAUGUCUGUGGCAAUGGCGCGUUACCUUCGAUGGCUAGGAGUCAAAACCAGGAUCUUUCAUCUGGGAGACUAUCGACGAGCUACGAUUCCUCACGGCCAAGACAUACCGGAUGAUUACUUCUUUGUCAACGCAUCCGCAUCUUCUGUUCUACUGAGACAAAAGAUUGUGAAAAGAUGCCGUGAGGACAUCUACCAGUUUUUGAAUGAGGAGAACGGCCAGAUCGCGAUUUACGACGCUGUGAAUCCAUCGGCCGCUGGGCGACGAUCUUUAGCUAAUGAAUUUGCCAAACAUGAAAUCGAGACGCUGUUCAUCGAGUCAUGGUGUGAUGACUACCGCAUCAUUGAAGAGAAUGUCCGCAGGGUCAAGAUUUCGUCGCCGGAUUAUGUGGGUUGGACAUCCGAGGAUGCCGUCAAGCAUUAUCUAGCUCGGAUCUCUGCCCGAAUCCCUCAGUUCCAUACGAUGGAAGAGAAGGAUCUGAACUAUAUAAAGAUGAUCAAUGCGGGUGAAAGGUUGAUUGUUAAUAACAAAAGUUUUGGUUACCUGUCGAACCGGAUCGUGUUCUAUCUUCUCAAUCUCCACAUCAAGACUAGGCGCACCUACUUUGCUAGGGCGGGGGUCUCAGUAGAACCGAACUCCUACAAGGCUGACGGGCCUCUUUCCGAACAAGGUCAGGACUAUGCCAAAAAGAUGACUGAAACCCUAUUGAAGGACAGGGAGUUGGAAAAACAGGCGAUAAUCGAGGGAGGAGAGACUGAUUACGAACUCAAGCCUUUGACGGUAUGGACUUCUACGAGACGUCGGACAGUCGAGACAGCAAAAUAUCUGCAUGAAACAGGGUACAAAGUCCGGCAGAGAUCGCAACUCAGUCAGUUGAACCCUGGUGUCUGCGAACUCAAGUCCGAGAGAAGGAUUCGGGAAGAAUACCCUGAAGAGGUGGCCAAACAUGAGCUCGACCCUUAUCAUCAUAGAUACCCCCGGGCCGAGUCCUACCACGAUCUUGCUGUGCGACUUGAGCCUAUCAUCCUGGAACUGGAACGUGAACAGAACGAUCUGCUAAUCAUCGCCCAUGAAAGCGUGCUUAGAGUUUUAUAUGGUUACCUUAUGGCGUGCAAUGCUGCAGACAUUCCGUUCUUGGAAUUUCCGCGUGAUGAAAUAAUAGAGAUAAUCCCCGAGAGCUACCAGAAUGAGGCGCGGAGGAUUCAGAUUCCUGACCUCCCGAAGGAGAUCAUUCCUGGCUCGCCCGAAGAUAUAAAGAUUCCGGUACCUCCAAGCGGACUCAACACUCCGUCAGUGCAAGGGAUAGGUUCUCCCAACGACGGCGUGGUGACGCCACAGGGUGGCAUUCGAACUCCUCGCGAGCCUGAGCGGAUUUCACAGCAGCACGUGGAGGAUGUAGUCUAG